UUUAACAAUAUAUUCAUUUAUUUGACAAAUAAACUGUGGUAUGAUAUUUACAUAAUAACUCACAGUUAUACUAGAGCUCUUGUAUUAAAAACAACAACUACAGUCGACCCCAUGGACAGUCUAUGUCCGAGAAUGUCUGUGCCAACGACACUCUAUGUCCAUGAAUGUCUACGUUAUGUAGCAAUGUGCUAUGUUUUCAGGGUCGAGGAUGUGAUUAGACUAUUCUUCAGUCACCCGUCUGUAGAAGGGAUCUCGAUUGCAGCUUUCUGGGAUCACGAAAUCCAUCCAAAUUAUGCUCUAAUGCACGGUUAUUCAUUCACGCUAAAUGAGGCUGGCAAGCGGUACCAGCGUCUGCUCAAACAGGAUUGGAGCACUCACGUGACACGACCUCUGACGUCAGGCACUUCUUUCACUGUAAGAGGUUUUCAGGGAGACUAUACUGCCGUUGUGUAUUACAAGGGCAAGCCGGUACAGCGUUCUACAUUCACUCUGGGGAAGGCUGACAGGACCGUCACGAUUGACGUGACUUCAACUACAACAAUUCAGCUGCCACCAAUUGUUGAUCCAUUCGCACCUCAAGACGUUGACUUUGCUACAUCAAGCUUGAACCUGCAGACAAUAGGUCACGGCACGUCCACGUCACAGUCUCAACAGCUCCAGUGUGUUUCUCGAAGAUCAGCAGUGUCUGAAGUAGGAGAUGAAAAGACAGCUAGCGUCAGUUGCAACGCUGGAGAGGUUCUUACAGGGUGUUCCAGCUUUUCCACUAACAAUGACUGGCAACGAGAUGGUGAACAAGUGACUUUUUCAAAUGGGAAGGCUGUUUGCACAGCAUUCAACGGAUAUUAUUCCUCUGCAGGUGUCCAAGCAGAAGCACGAUGCUGCAGUCUCAGAACUCUUCAAUGCCGAUACAGAACUGCCGGCCCAUCAGGCACCGGAGAAAGGGAUGAGGUCAUCAUUCCCUGCGCAGAUUCUGAAUAUCCACUUGGUUGCGGUACAUGGACAUUUGAAGCUGAGUCCGCUGGUACAAUUUUCACAAGUUCCUUCUGUGUAGGACAAAAUGAUGACACUGUUGUUGGUGUCUAUGGCUUUGCUUCCUGCUGCCAGGCGACUCCAUCCCUGCACUGUAUCACCAUGUAUUCUGAAUUCAGUGGUCCUAAUGUUGGGGAUCGAGCACUACUGACUUGUCCUUCUGAAUAUUCUUUCACACUGACAGGGUGCAAUGUGCAUGCGCCAAAUGGAAGAGGUGCUGGAGCGUUUAUUGAAGCAAUCAAUGGAGUAGACACCUGUGUUGCUAUCAAUGGAUUCCCGAGAUUUGGUGGAGAGAACGGAGUCCAGGGUGUUGCUGCAUGUUGCCGAGUUGUAGUUUAA